AUGAUGGCAGACGACGACAGCGCGGCUGCGCAGCCAAAACCGGAGGAGCCCAAAGCCGAGGCUGGGACUGAGCAAAAGAAGCAAGGGGUUGUUGAGGCUGUUGCCGAGGCUGUUCCCGAGGCCAGUCAACCGCAGCAGAGGGAUGUUAGCGAUGCCAGUCAACAGCAGCAGGAGAAUGUUCCUGAGGGCAGUCAACAGCAACAGGAGAACGUUCCCGAGGCCAGUCAACAGCAACAGACGGAGGUAAACGAUGCCGCCCCACAGCAACAGACGGACGUAAACGAUGCCAACCCAGCACUCUCACCAACGCCACUCCCGCCAACCCACCAGGAGACGCAAAAAGGUGGGCAGCCAUCGGGCGGUGCUGUACGGUUCGACACCCUCCCAGGCCCGCAUCCAACGGCCCAUCUGCAGCCGGUGUUUGGAACAUACGACGCCCGGCGCGAGGAGGAUGAAGUGCCCUAUGAAAUCCCCCACAACCCCAAGUGGCACAAGGUCAAGAUUGGACUAAUGCUCUUUGCUGUUGCGGUUUCGGCCUUGGUUAUCGGGUUGAGUGUUGCUACGGGGUAUAUCUCUGCGGGAGACUACGGGUACUGGUAUAUUCAUGAAUCAGCGUACAUUUCCGGUGUUUCUGCCUCGGCGGCGAUCCUCUCCCUCGUCUUCAUCGUCAUCGAGAUGUUGACCAUGUGGUUCUCCAAAGACCACCGUGGCCUGCACCCAGGAUGGCUAAUCACCUUCAACCUCAUUGUCGGUGCCCUUGCCGUGGCCGGGUUCGGCAUCAUGGUUCACUAUGUCACCAACGUAGGGGGAUACAACGGUUGGUCCCGGUAUUUCGACAACCAGGACACAGCCGACAAAGAACUCGCACUCUUCCAGGCCCUUUUAGCCUUUGAUUUUGUGUUAUUCUUCACUCACCUCGUCUUGUUCGUCGGUGCCUGCGGCGAGGCUCACCAGCGGAACCGAGCCAGACGGGAGGUCCAGAUAGUGGAGAUCCCGUAUGAUCCUUCCCACCCUCUGCCCGCCGGCUUCCAGCAUGUACCACAUCCAACUUUGCAGCACCCCCCAUUACCACCACCUCCUCCUCCUCCCACCCAACAAAUUCCAGGAAGCUGGGCACCCCAACAACCACGACGACAACCACAGCGUGUGUCUGUUCACGGGGUUAUCCCCUACAUCACACCCGAACAAGCGGCUCAAUACGGGGGUUACUACUCCCCUAUGCCGACGCCGGCGCCUCCUCAGCAACCUCAACGAGUGAGAACAAGUCAGAGGGGGUAUUACGCCCCGGCGCCGUAUAACCCUUUUGUGCAGAACGCCCCGGCGCCGCAGCAGCAGCGGUCUUCGAUGCGUGGUGCCAGGGCUGCGGCGGGACAGGGGAAUGUUGCUGCGGCAGAGAAGACGACGAAACCGACUUCUGCUGCUACGGCGGGGAAAAAAGAGGCGCCGUUGCCGGAGAUACCGCUGCCGGAGGUUCCAACGGAGGGGGAGGAGGAGGCCGUGGCUGAGAAGAGUGAGCCAGCGGCGCAGGUAGAGGUCGUGACCGAGAAGGGCGUGGCUGAGAAGUGA